GCCUGGUCCGUCUACUCCCUCUAGUCGCAUGAAAGCACUCCUUUCAAAGUCCAAAGAUGCCACGAUGAAGUUGGCAACCAGGAUGAGUGGCAUAUCAAUGAGAAUUAACGCCAAUGAUAAGACCGUCGACGAGAUCUUGCAACGCCCUCCAAACACUCGAUCAUCAAGUGCAACUGGGUUUAGACGGAAUGACCAAAUUCCCGCCAUACAUUUCCCUGGAGUUGGAGUGUUUUCACAGGCGGACAUUGGAUUCUAUCACAGCGGUCCUUCGAGAUAUCGACAAACACAAGUACAAGCGCAGUCUGAUUGUCGACGACCUGAUGGCGAGAAGGACGAUGGAUUCCCUAGACCGUCAAGUUACAUUACAGGAGUUCCGAUGGUCGCUUGAUCUCCAUUGCCAUUCAGAAUCAGCAGACCAAUUCAUCGCUUCAUGUAACAAGGGCCCAUCUUGAUAAUUCAAUUAUCCAACUCAGACGCAUUAUCCAGAUCCAGGCAUUUUUUUAGCUUGGCCCUUUACUACUAAUAGGUGAGGCCUUGCGAGAGGCUAAGCAGUCCUUGCAGUUUCCUUUUGGCUACGCAAAUCGUCGUCCUGCAUGGCCUAAAAACGGGGGAAAAAAUCAAUGCACUGACUCCUCUUUCUCACUUCGUUCGUAUCAAUGGGCUAGGUUAUGAUA